AUGCCGCCGCCCAAGGACGUGGUGAAGAUCGCGAUCCAGAUGGUGGGAGCCAUCCCGCAGCUCAUCGAGCUGCAGCAGACCAAGCCCCUGGCCUUGGUGCUCAAGGACGUCUGCGAUGCGUGGAGCCUGCCCCACGCCGAGCGCUACGCCCUGCAGUACGCGGACGGGCGGCAGACCUACAUCACGGAGUCGAACCGCAGGGAGAUUAAGAACGGGAGCAUCCUGCGGCUGACUGCCUCCCCGGACCAAGAAGCAGAGCAGCUGUACAGUGGGAUCCAGAGCAACAACUUGGAUGUGAAGGCAGACUCACUGAAAAAGCUUGCAAGCCUCUCCCAGGACAUUACCUUUGCUCAGGAGUUCAUCAACAGGAAUGGCUUGAAACAAAUCUUCUCUAUUGUUGAAGAAGGGAAGGAUACAGGGGAGAUUCUAGCUCACACCCUCAAGGCCUUCAUGGAGCUGAUGGAGCAUGACUUUGUGUCCUGGGAGACUCUUAGUUCAGCCUUCAUCAAGAAGGUGGUGAGUUACGUCAACAUCAGUGCAGUGGACACAUCCAUCCAGCAGCUCUCCUUGUCCAUCCUGGAGAACAUGGUGCCCACCAGUCGCCACCUCUUUGAGCUGGUCAAAGCAGAAGUGACUCUGGAUUGUCUGCUCACCCACCUGCAGGCGACAGACACCCAGCUGCAGCUGAAGGCCAUGGCCCUGCUCACUGCGCUGCUGCUGGCUGCCACCGAUGCUGAGCGGCAGGACAUGAUGGAAUACCUGAGGGAGAAGAACAUCAGGCAGUUUAUCCACAAGACCAUCAUCCACGGCUCGGCGGCGCCGGGGGACGAGAUGUCUCACCACCUGUACGUGCUGCAGGCCGCCGGGCUCGGCCUGUGCGAGCGCCGCAUGCGGGCGGCCAUGGACCCCUACAACCAGGAGCAGAGGGAGCUGCUGCAGGCGCUGCGCCUGGCGGCCUUCGAGGCGGACGGCGAGGCCCCAGCCGGCGGCUCCGGCCCCGAGCGGCGCCGCUCGCUCUGCGCACAGCAGUUCCGCAAGUUGGGCUUCACCAACAACAGCAACCCGGCAGAGGACCUGCGCCGGGCACCGCCCGGGCUCUUAGCCCUGGACACCAUGGUGUACUUCUGCAGGCACACCCCCGACGCCUACCGCAGGUUUGUCCUGGAGAACAGCAGCCGGGAAGACAAACACGAGUGUCCCUUCGCCCAGAGCAGCAUCCAGCUCACCCUCAUCCUCUGUGAGCUCCUGCACGUUGGAGAGCCCUGCUCGGAGACAGCUCAGGACUUUUACCCUAUGUUCUUCGGGCAGGAUCACUUCUUUGAAGAGCUCUUCUGCAUCUGCAUCCAGCUAGUGAAUAAGACCUGGAAGGAGAUGAGGGCCACCCAGGAGGACUUUGACAAGGUGCUGCAGGUGGUGCGGGAGCAGAUCAGCAGGACCCUGUCCCUCAAGCCCACCUCGCUGGAGCUGUUCAAGAGCAGAGUGAAUGCCCUGAACUACAGCGAGAUCCUGCGGCUGCGGCAGACGGAGCGGCUGCACCAGGAGGAGACGCUGGCACUGCCUGUGCUGGAGCUGCGUGAGAGGCUGAAGCCAGAGCUCCUGGAGCUGGUCCACCAGCAGCGCCUCCUGCACCUGUGCCGGGGCACCCUGUUCAGGAAGAUCAGCACCCGCCGCAGGCAGGACAAGCUCUGGUACUGCCGCCUGUCCCCCAACCACAAGGUGCUGCACUAUGGGGAUGUGGAAGAGGGGGUGUCUGCCCCCCCCAUCGAGAGCCUGCCUGAGAAAAUUCCUGUGGCAGACAUGAAGAUGCUGCUGGUGGGGAAGGAGUGUGUGCACACCAGGGAGAAGAGCUCUGGGAAGCAGAACAAGGAUGUCCUGGAGCUGGCCUUCUCCAUCGUGUAUGACGUGGAGGAAUACUGCCUCCACUUCAUCGCCCCCAACCGCUAUGAGUUCUGCCUGUGGACGGAUGGGCUGAACGUGCUGCUGGGCAGGGAGAUGAGGAGCGAGCGGGCACAGACUGACCUCGAGGUCCUGCUGUCCAUGGAGCUCAAGCUGCGGCUCCUGGACCUGGAGAACAUCAGCAUCCCUGACACUCCCCCUGCUGUUCCAAAGCCCCCCAGCAACUUAAACUUCUGCUACAACUUCAGCCAGGCAGAGGAGUGA